AUGCUUGGAAUCAUCAGUAAUUUUCCAGCUGCGUCACGCGGGCGUUCCGGCAAGACCCGAGAUCAAUACCCGAAGGAGCUUGAAGCCUCGCAAGCGAAGAGACCUGGAGCCGAAAAAGCAAGAAGUCUUCUGAACAAGAGUCGCGGUCUUAGCUUGACAGCGAACGAUGUUGUACAAGUCAAUCGAGUCUCGGAAGCAAAGGCGAUAGCAGGUGCAGUUGAAGGCGGGAAAGAGAAAAUAAGCGCGAUUCCGGUGGUCAAGAUUGUGGGUAUCGAUUGUCAGGAUGCUGUGGCCACGUGCGGUGGCAAAGAUAGAGAUGUAGACCGGGAUGAUCGUGAGCCUCAGAGACAUGGUGCGAGUGUCCGCCUGGACAGGAUAGGCAAGAUCACCGGCGCACUCGGAAAAGUCGUAUCAGCCGCCCUCGAGAGUCUCAAGCCAGGAGGUCGAAUCGCCGGCGAUACAAGGAAGCCAGAUCUUGACUCUAGCACAGGCCGUUAG